GAGGCGGGGGCCCUCUUGCCCUCCGUUGCUCUCCUGGCCGGGCCUCGGCAAGCUCAUUUCUGAAUUCUGAAGCGGACGCACCGGGCGCGGGAGCGCAGUCCUGGCCCGCGGCUUCUGCCGGCUGUGAGCGAACCUUGGAGGGUCGGACUGGCCGCGCGCGCCCCUGGCAGCCUGGGGACGGGGGCGGGUCUGGAGUGGCGGCGGCAACUCGGAGGAGAAUGCGGUCCACCGCAGGGCUGGUGGAGUUGCUGCCGUCCGGUGCCAUUUGGAUAGUACUUUAGCGGCACAAUGUACUCUGAGUGGCGGUCACUGCAUUUGGUGAUUCAGAAUGAUCAAGGCCAUACCAGUGUGCUACACAGCUAUCCAGAGAGUGUUGGGCGAGAGGUGGCGAAUGCAGUGGUCCGUCCUCUUGGGCAGGCAUUAGGUACCUCUUCAGUGUCUGGUAGUGAGAGUUUGUUAAAAACUGACAAAGAAGUAAAAUGGACUAUGGAAGUAAUUUGCUAUGGAUUGACCCUACCAUUGGAUGGAGAGACUGUAAAAUAUUGUGUUGAUGUAUAUACAGAUUGGAUUAUGGCUUUGGUAUUGCCUAAAGAUUCUAUUCCAUUACCAGUUAGUAAAGAGCCUAAUCUAUAUGUUCAAAGUAUAUUAAAGCACCUACAAAAUCUUUUUGUACCAAGACAGGAACAGGGCUCCAGUCAGAUCCGACUAUGCUUACAGGUUCUGAGAGCCAUUCAGAAACUGGCCCGUGAGUCAUCCAUCAUGGCUCGAGAAACCUGGGAAGUCUUACUGUUGUUUCUUCUGCAAAUUAAUGACAUACUUCUGGCCCCACCAACUGUUCAAGGUGGCAUUGCUGAGAAUCUAGCAGAGAAGUUGAUUGGUGUUCUUUUUGAAGUUUGGUUAUUAGCUUGCACCCGGUGCUUCCCAACACCUCCUUAUUGGAAGACAGCCAAGGAGAUGGUGGCUAACUGGAGGCACCACCCAGCUGUGGUGGAGCAGUGGAGCAAGGUCAUCUGUGCACUUACUUCCAGAUUGCUUCGCUUUACAUACGGCCCUUCAUUUCCUCCAUUUAAAGUUCCUGAUGAAGAUGCCAAUCUGAUCCCUCCAGAAAUGGACAAUGAGUGUGUUGCACAAACAUGGUUUCGAUUUUUGCACAUGUUAAGUAAUCCUGUGGAUCUGAGUAAUCCAGCCAUUAUAAGCUCAACCCCCAAGUUUCAGGAGCAAUUCCUGAGUGUGAGCGGAAUGCCACAGGAGCUGAGCCAGUACCCCUGCCUUAAACAUCUGCCUCAGAUAUUCUUUCGUGCCAUGCGUGGAAUCAGCUGUCUGGUGGAUGCAUUUUUAGGCAUUUCUCGACCGAGAUCAGACAGUGCUCCCCCAACACCCGUGAAUAGAUUAAGUAUGCCUCAGAGCACUGCUGUGAAUACCACACCACCACAUAACCGGAGGCACCGGGCUGUGACUGUGAAUAAGGCCACCAUGAAGACAACCGCGGUUACUACUGUUCACACCUCGAAAGUCCAGCACCAGGCAUCCUCCACUUCUCCUCUGUCAAGUCCAAAUCAGACUAGUUCAGAACCCAGGCCGCUGCCUGCCCCUCGCAGACCAAAGGUUAACAGCAUCUUAAAUCUCUUUGGAUCGUGGUUAUUUGAUGCAGCAUUUGUUCACUGCAAACUCCAUAAUGGAAUAAACAGAGACAGCAGCAUGACUGCAUCUUUUAUCCAAAUUCUUCUUUCUUAUAAAUCUUCCAUUGCAACACAAGCUAGCAUGGAGUUUCGACGAAAAGGGUCCCAAAUGUCCACAGACACCAUGGUUUCCAAUCCUGUGUUUGAUGCAAGUGACUUUCCUGAUAACUAUGAAGCAGGAAGAGCUGAGGCUUGUGGGACAUUAUGUAGAAUUUUUUGUAGCAAGAAGACUGGAGAAGAGAUUCUGCCAGCUUAUUUAUCCAGAUUUUACAUGCUUUUAAUUCAAGGUUUGCAGAUAAAUGAUUAUGUGUGCCAUCCUGUCUUGGCCAGCGUUAUUCUAAACUCCCCUCCUUUGUUCUGCUGUGACUUGAAAGGGAUUGAUGUUGUGGUUCCUUACUUUAUUUCAGCUCUUGAAACCAUUUUGCCUGACAGAGAACUCUCAAAAUUCAAAAGCUAUGUAAAUCCAACAGAAUUGAGAAGAUCCUCCAUUAAUAUCCUGCUUUCUUUGUUGCCCCUCCCUCAUCAUUUUGGCACAGUCAGAUCUGAGGUGGUUCUAGAAGGGAAGUUUAGUAAUGAUGACAGCUCUUCUUAUGAUAAACCAAUAACUUUUCUGUCCCUAAAGUUGAGACUUGUGAAUAUACUAAUCGGUGCCUUGCAAACGGAAACGGACCCUAACAACACCCAAAUGAUACUAGGAGCAAUGUUAAAUAUUGUUCAGGAUUCUGCACUUUUAGAAGCCAUUGGUUGCCAAAUGGAGAUGGGUGGUGGAGAAAACAACCUGAAGAGUCAUAGUCGUACCAAUAGUGGCAUUAGUUCAGCAAGUGGAGGAAGCACAGAACCUACAACGCCUGACAGUGAGAGACCUGCUCAAGCUCUCCUAAGGGAUUACGGAUCCACAGCUCUUAAUACAGAUUCAGCUGCUGGGCUCCUGAUUCGCAGCAUUCAUCUCGUCACCCAAAGACUCAACUCCCAGUGGCGGCAAGACAUGAGCAUAUCCCUGGCGGCUCUGGAGCUCCUCUCUGGCUUGGCAAAGGUGAAGGUGAUGGUUGACUUGGGAGACCGGAAGCGUGCCAUCAGUUCUGUGUGCAGUUACAUUGUAUACCAGUGCAGUCGGCCAGCUCCUCUUCACUCCCGGGAUCUGCACUCCAUGAUAGUGGCAGCAUUUCAGUGUCUCUGUGUCUGGCUGACAGAGCACCCUGAUAUGCUGGAUGAAAAGGAUUGCCUUAAGGAAGUAUUGGAGAUUGUAGAACUGGGUAUCUCAGGAAGCAAGUCCAAAAACAGUGAGCAAGAGGUCAAGUACAAAGGCGAUAAGGAGCCAAACCCUGCGUCCAUGAGGGUAAAGGAUGCUGCAGAAGCCACUUUAACAUGUAUCAUGCAGUUGCUUGGCGCGUUUCCUUCACCCAGUGGUCCUGCCUCUCCUUGUAGUCUGGUGAAUGAGACCACUCUCAUCAAAUACUCCAGGCUGCCAACCAUAAACAAGCAUAGCUUCCGGUACUUUGUCUUGGAUAACAGUGUCAUCCUGGCAAUGCUGGAGCAACCGCUUGGAAAUGAGCAGAACGAUUUUUUCCCCUCUGUCACUGUGCUGGUCCGGGGAAUGUCGGGAAGACUUGCUUGGGCUCAGCAGCUUUGCCUUUUACCCAGAGGAGCAAAAGCAAAUCAGAAGGUACAUCAGAAGUUACAGUGUCUUUUUGUGCCAGAACCUCGGCCAGUUCCUAAAAAUGAUGUUGGAUUUAAAUAUUCUGUGAAACAUCGACCAUUUCCUGAAGAGGUGGACAAGAUUCCUUUUGUAAAAGCAGAUUUGAGCAUUCCAGAUUUACAUGAAAUUGUCACUGAAGAAUUAGAAGAGAGGCAUGAAAAAUUAAGGAGUGGUAUGGCCCAGCAGAUCGCUUAUGAAAUACACCUGGAACAGCAGAGCGAGGGAGAAUUGCAGAAGAGAAGCUUUCCUGACCCUGUUACGGAUUGUAAGCCUCCUCCUCCUGCUCAGGAAUUCCAAACAGCCCGUCUUUUCCUUUCUCAUUUUGGAUUUUUGUCCUUAGAAGCAUUGAAGGAACCCGCAAAUAGUCGUCUACCUCCUCACCUUGUUGCUCUCGAUUCUACCAUCCCUGGGUUUUUUGAUGACAUUGGGUAUCUGGAUCUCUUGCCAUGUCGUCCUUUUGACACAGUUUUUAUUUUCUACAUGAAACCAGGUCAGAAAACAAACCAAGAGAUUUUAAAGAACGUGGAGUCUUCCAGAAAUGUUCAGCCACAUUUCCUAGAAUUUUUGCUCUCCCUUGGCUGGUCAGUAGAUGUGGGCAGGCAUCCUGGUUGGACGGGACACGUGUCCACCAGUUGGUCAAUUAAUAGUUGCGAUGAUGGUGAAGGGUCUGAACAAGAUGAAGUAACUUCCUCUGAAGAUGUUGGAGCUAGCAUUUUCAAUGGGCAGAAGAAGGUCCUGUAUUAUGCUGAUGCACUGACGGAAAUAGCUUUCGUGGUUCCUUCUCCUGUGGAGUCCUUAACCGAUUCUUUGGAAAGUAAUAUCUCAGACCAAGAUAGUGACUCAAAUAUGGAUCUUAUGCCUGGAAUUCUGAAGCAGCCACCCCUGACACUUGAGCUGGUCCCCAAUCACACAGACAAUCUUAAUUCCUCACAGAGGCUUAGUCCCAGUUCCAGAAUGAAGAAGCUGCCUCAGGGUCGCCCUGUGCCUCCCCUUGGACCUGAGACAAGAGUGUCUGUAGUCUGGGUGGAACGCUACGAUGAUAUAGAAAACUUUCCCCUGUCAGAUCUGAUGACAGAGAUCAGCACUGGUGUGGAAACUACCGCUAACAGUAGCACUUCUCUGAGAUCUACAACUCUUGAAAAAGAAGUCCCAGUAAUCUUCAUCCACCCUUUAAACACUGGAUUGUUCCGGAUAAAAAUCCAAGGAGCCACUGGAAAAUUUAACAUGGUCAUCCCCCUUGUUGAUGGGAUGAUAGUCAGCCGGCGAGCCCUGGGCUUUCUGGUGCGGCAGACUGUAAUAAAUAUUUGUAGAAGAAAGAGACUGGAGAGUGAUUCCUACAGUCCACCACAUGUCCGUCGGAAACAGAAAAUCACUGACAUUGUCAACAGAUACCGGAAUAAGCAGUUGGAGCCAGAGUUUUAUACUGCCCUUUUCCAGGAGGUUGGGCUCCAGAACUGCAGCUCUUAGAGCACAGUCUGCCCAGGGCAGUGGACUGCAGAAUGGGCUCUGACAUCAGAGCAAGACAGUCCUGAAAAACCCAAGCGAAUCACUCCCAAGAACUCACUGUUGAAUCACCAGAACCACGAUGUGAAGCCUCUGGCUCGAGGACUGCCUGCUUUCUGAUGAUGGACCUCACACAGUCACACUCCUGCUGAAAAGGACAACAAGCAUUUUAGCCAUAAACUUUCUUUUAAAGUGACAAUUUUAGUAAAUAUAAGCCUUUUAAGGAUAAAGGCUUUUAUGCAUCAGUUAAAUACAUGCAUUGGUAGUGUCAACAGGCUUGCAAGGUAGGAGCUGAAGAUAGUUUAUACCUCGCUUUUUAGGAGGGUGUAUUCAAAAUUAAAAUCAGUCUCAGAACCUUCCAGAACUUUUUAAGGCUCAAGUUGACACCGUGAAGGAGGAGGUAGCAGCUUUGUGCUCAUGUUUCGAUCUAUUUGUUACCUGUCAUACUGACAGGUGAAACAUAAAGGGUUUUACUCAGAUGAGUCUGACAUUAAAAUAUUUCCUAUUUUUUUCUCCA